GUCAGCAUAAAGCUUUGUUUAAACAAAAUUUCGAAAAUGGACGAAACUAUGGGCUACAAACAUAGCUCUCCGGAGCCAGAAUCUUCUCAGCACGAUAGUCCUCAGAAGCGCACGGCAUCUGAAGCCGCCUUGGACAACAAUGACGGAAGAGCGACGAGGAAGAGAGCUGCCAAAGCCUGCCAGUCUUGCAGAUCGCGCAAGGUUCGAUGCAGUGUCUCCGAUCAUGGAGUGCCAUGUUACAAUUGCAAACUGGAUGAGCUAGAAUGUAUCAUCCCGGAGCGCAAGAGACCAACACGGACGGCGAAGAGGGAUAAAUCCUUGGGCGCAGUGAUUUCUGAAGCCGUUCUACGCAUGGACAGCUCCACGCCAGACGCUGGAAGCGUCCCGUCAGACAUUGUGCGCAGACCGUCGUCUGCUACCAUUCCAGACGACUGGGAAGGGAAUUUUGGAUACAGCAUUGGUACACCUCCGAACUCAACAGGAUCUCCUGCCCACUUUGCCUCAGAACAUACCGAGCUCGAGAAAACUGAGUUUGUUGAACUACCACCUUGCGACGAAGAGCUAGCACGCUGGUUUAGUGUGAUGCCGGCUCGUGUGGUGGACAAGAUGUUUGAGUACUUGACUCUUCUCAGUCAAUACGGCCAGGGGGAUUCAUUAUCACCCAGGCCACAGCAUCCAAAAUUCAAACCCAAUGAAAAGGUCCGACUCAUCCCGCCGGGUAAUAGCACUAAGCGCAAAACUCUCAGCCCCGAAGUUCAAGAUCACCUCCGAUAUCACAUAGCAUCUCAACAAAAUCUAUAUCCCUCCUCACGCCCUCUGGAGCCGCCCUCACCACAGUCUCCCACUGAAGACGCGUGCCAGCUAGCCCUACACGACCCACAAAGGAACAUAUCCCUCCUUAAGCAGCUCCGCGACAGCCACGCGGCCGCCAGUCGCACGAUGAGCACCCUGGAAGCAACCAUCCGCAAGGUCGACGCCCAACUCACCAACCGGCGAGAACCCCGCUUUGGCUCGUCUCCUCCAAACUGCCGCGUUGCUCCCCCGACAUGUGCAUUCCCACAUUCCUUGGCAAGCACCAAAAAGACCCCACAGACACUAACGCCUCCGCCCGAGAAUCAGAGCGCGUACGCGAUGAGUAUACAGACGUUGCAGCAGCUGGAGAAGUUAUUCGCGCCAGCAGCACAGAGGGAUCCUGCGCCCAGUCACACGGACUACCGCAAUCCGCAGAGCCAGCAGAACGGACUUCCUGCGAAGCCGGAGGGCGCACUGGACGGUUUGAAUGAUGGUCUCGGUGGGCGGGGUGAAGACUUCGAGGAGACGUUUGAUUCGUUGAUUGACUUUGGUGGCGAAGACUCUCUCAUCCUUACCCAUCAUGCUGCCCUCUUUGGGCCAUCAAGGUUCCUUCCAUCGACUGAACUCAUUCUCCGUUUCCCGCAUAAUGCCUGGGCAAGGCGCUCAACGAAUUCCAGGAAAUUACUCCGCACUUCGCAGCGCGGUGCGGAUGAUGGACGGGUUGUUUCUGGAACCUCGCCGACUCCACUCUCCCCGCCUGCUGCGAUGUUUCUCGGCCGCGUGGAGCAGCGACACGAUGGCGCUAUUCUCGAAACCGUAACUGGUCUGCGAGCUGGUUUCGAGAUAGAGCUUUACGGUACUGAAACCGUACAGCUAAGACUCAAGCCAAUAGAACAUUGUAAUCCUGUAUUGAUACCGUUACUGACCUGUAAUCUCGGAAUCGUGGCAACGGCCGGGAUAAUAAAUCCCGAUGGACAGGUUCGGUUAGCCGACGCCAAAUGGCUUUGGGGCUUGCGACGAGGGUUGGCAUUUCGAAAAUCUGGGGUAGUGGCGUCGACUUCCGAGAGACCUUCGGGCUAUGCUACAUAA